CUCUCUCUCUCUCUCUCUCUCUAGAUACAUAUAGAAACAUAUAUAGAUACAUAUAAGUAUAUUCUUUUCCAAUCAUGACUUAGAUGCUUUUUUUGGCCUAGGAGAUGUAUAUAAAUUAUCACUUAUGUUUUGAUUUCUUCCUAACCAUUUUCGUCUUUGUAUUGCUCUUCUACAUUUCAAGUCAUCUUUCUCUGUUGGGCGAAAGAGAAAUGGCAGGAUAUGAGAGAAACGAUGAGUUUAUCUCCAAAAAUGGUCAUGAACGCGAGGGGGCAACAAUGGAACAGAAAUAUGGAGGUCUAGCACCAAAGAAGAAGCCCUUAAUCUCAAAGGAUCAUGAACGUGCUUUUUUUGAUUCAGCAGAUUGGGCCCUAUGCAAGCAAGGUGCAGGGAUAAAUGAGAAAUCAACGAUAGCUAUAGAGACCUUGCGACCAAAAUUAGAGAGAACACCUCGUCAGUGUUUGCCUCCAAGACGACCUGCUUGUAUAUCUGGAGGAGACAACCAUGUAGAGUAACAAGUGUACAAAAUGCACAAAAGGAUGCUAGGACAUGCUAGCAAUUUUAAUGGUGAUUUAAGUUAAAGAUAUAAACUUUUCUUUGGUGUUGAACUGGUCAAAUCCAGUAUAAUAUGCGAUUUCAAUGCAUGAUAUGCUUGUCAAUGCAGUAUAAAAUUGGUUUUGGUGAUUUCAAUGCCGUAAGAAAGUUUAUUUUAUUUUAGUGAUGACAAAAUGUUAAGCGUUUUAUUUGCAUGGCCAAAACAUUGCAUGUACUUUAUUUUAAUGCAUGAUAUGCAUGCUUGUCAAUGCAGUAUAAAAUUGGUUUUGGAGA